AUGAAAUUAAGAAAUCCUGGAACAGUUGCUAACAUCAAAUGGACCGCUGACAAUAAGUUUAAGUAUGCUUUUUUCGCUUAUGGAGCAUCAAUUGAGGGUUGGAAACACUGCAGAACAGUAAUGAUGGUGGAUGCAACCUUCUUGAAAUCAAAAUACCGCGGUGUGCUCAUGAUAGCAGUAGCAAAGGAUGGAAACAACAUCAUAUUUCCUCUCGCAUUUAGUAUUGCAGACUUUGAGAAUAAUGAAUCCUAUAGGUGGUUCUUCAGACACAUGAAAAAGGUGUUUGGCACGCGCAAAGACCUAUCAAUUCUUUCCGAUCGCCACGCAUCAAUUGCAACUGCAAUCAAAGAACUAUAUCCAAAUACCCAGCAUGGAAUAUGCAUCUACCACAUGGAGAAGAACUUGCAGAAAUAUUCCCCAUCCGAAGCGAUCCUAUCACUGUUCUACAAUGCAGCAACUACCUACAAACAGGCAGAGUUUCGUACCUAUAUGUCACAGAUACAACAAAUCGACCCAAAAGCUGCAGAAUACAUUGAAGAAGAACCACCGAAAAGAUGGGCACGUUCAUUCCACACCAACAGGCGUUACAAAAUGCUCACAACAAACAAUGUCGAGACAAUGAAUUCUAUAUUGAGGAAAGCAAUGGAGUUGCCAAUAAUGGUAGAAAACAUAACUCCCGUCAAAUUUGUUGUGAAAGAUGAAGGAUAUCAAUACAAUGUAGACCUGAAGAAUAUGACUUGUGAGUGCUUGGAGUUCCAAACUGAUGAGUUACCGUGCACACAUGCCAUGGCAGUUAUAGACAAAAGAAGUUUGCCAAAAUUUACAUAUUGUGCGGACUGGUUCAAGAAACAAGCCUGGCAAGAGACAUACAAAGGUGAAAUACUAUCAGUUGGAAAUCAAGACUCAUGGAUUAUUCCACAAAACAUUAUGGAUAUUAAAAUAACGCCGCCUGAUGUUAAAAUAAGACCUAGAAGAAAACAAACAAAAAGAUAUCGCCCAAGAAGAGAAUCGAAAAAGUACACAUACAGAUGUGGUAGAUACAAGUUCUUUGGACACACUAGGGCAACCUGUAACUAA